AGACAAGGAGAGAUCUGGACAUAGAAUUGGAUCGGUUCAUCGGGGAUCUCCAACGGCUUGGCUCCAGCCUUCAGCAAACGGCGAACACCAAGGAGAGAGAGAGAGAGAGACGCAGGCGAGAGAGAAGGAGAGAGAAGAAAAGAGAAACCUUGACGGCUAGGGUUUUCAGAUCUCUCUGGAACUCUGCAAGGCUUCGCUCUGAUUUCUAAUGGGAGAGAAGAGAAUGAGGAGGCUCCUUUUUAUAGGAAAAGAAGAGGAACCCCUAGGGUUUACUACACGGGCCAGAAAAGAAAGAUAAAAGCUAAUGGGCUUUGGUCUAAAUCAAGUUAAUAAUCAAGAAAAACAAAACCAUUCCGGUUUGAUAGAACCGGGAUGUGACAAUCUCCAUGACACUUAACAUUUCCACGAACUCUCUUGCCUACUAUAAAUACAUUGGAUUCUUCUUCUUCUCCUCCAUAUCUCUUAUCACGACAAAGUCAACUCACUUAAUCUUCUUGCUCGAGUUGAAAUAGACGAUGGCAACAACGAGAACCUUUCUAGUUCUUUUCUCUCUCGCUUGUUCUCUUACUCUCUGCAUCUGCGACGACGAGAGUAACUAUGGCGGCGGUGAAGGGAAUCUUUUCCCAGGUUUCUAUAGAAGCUCAUGCCCUAAAGCCGAGGAGAUCGUGAGGUCAGUUGUAGCUCAAGCUGUUGCAAAAGAGGCUCGUAUGGCUGCUUCUCUCAUGAGGCUUCAUUUCCACGACUGUUUUGUUCAGGGCUGUGAUGGCUCGUUGCUUCUAGACAGCAGUGGAAGUAUAGUUACUGAGAAAGGCUCUAACCCUAAUAGCAACUCGGCUCGCGGGUUUGAUGUUGUUGACCAGAUCAAAGCUGCAUUGGAGAAUGAAUGCCCUGGAACUGUUUCUUGUGCUGACUUGUUAACCCUAGCUGCUAGGGACUCCUCUGUUCUUACUGGUGGACCAACCUGGAUGGUUCCUUUGGGAAGAAGAGAUUCGAGAAGUGCAAGCUUGAGUAGCUCAAACAACAACAUUCCUGCACCCAACAACACUUUCAACACAAUUCUCUCGAGGUUUAAUAAUCAAGGUCUCGAUCUCACCGACCUUGUUGCCCUGUCUGGGAGUCACACCAUCGGCUUCUCAAGAUGCACGAGUUUCAGACAAAGACUUUACAACCAGUCCGGAAAUGGAAGUCCCGACAUAACCUUAGAGCAGUCCUAUGCUACUAACUUGCGCCAGAGGUGUCCGCCAUCAGGUGGAGACCAAAACCUGUCGGAGCUUGACAUCAACAGUGCCGGAAAGUUUGAUAACAGCUACUUCAAGAACUUGAUCGAGAACAUGGGACUUUUGAAUUCUGACCAGGUCUUAUUCUCUAGCAACGAGGAAUCUAGCGAGCUUGUGAAGACAUAUGCAGAGGAUCAGGAAGAGUUCUUCGAGCAGUUCGCAGAAUCAAUGAUCAAGAUGGGGAAUCUCUCUCCCUUGACAGGUUCGAGUGAUGAGAUCAGGAAGAAUUGCAGGAAGAUUAACUCUUGAUUUUGUGUGUGCUAUGGAAUGUGAGAAAAAGAAAUGAAACAUGUUUUCCGGGGGGUUUAUGUUUGUGUGUUUUUUUGUCUUUUUGUAUGUUUUACUAUUUGAAAGUUGAAUGAAGAAACCUUUAUAAUUUAGU